AUGCCAUUUGGAUUAUGUAAUGCCCCAGCAACAUUUCAAAGAGCCAUGCUUUCAAUCUUUUCGGAUCUAAUAGAGGAAAUGGUUGAGGUCUUCAUGGACGAUUUCUCGGUCUAUGGCUCUUCCUUUUCCUCUUGUUUGUCUAAUCUAUGUAGGGUGCUGAAAAGAUGUGAGGAAACAGGCUUGGUUUUGAAUUGGGAGAAGUGCCAUUUUAUGGUGAAAGAGGGGAUAGUCCUUGGCCACAAGAUCUCAGAGAAAGGCAUUGAAGUGGACAAGGCAAAGAUAGAAGUAAUGGUGCAACUUGGGGAGCCAAAAUCAGUUAAGGAUGUGAGAAGCUUCUUGGGACAUGCGGGUUUCUACAGGCGCUUUAUCAAAGAUUUUUCUAAGAUAGCAGGCCACUCACAAGACUCUUAUGCAAAGAAACAGAGUUCAUCUUUGAUGAAGAGUGUAGCCAAGCUUUCUUGA